AACUCGGCAAAAGGUCACAACAUCUGGUUUAGCAGACCCAAUGCAGGACACAGAUGUUACAGUCAAUAUUUUGUUGAAGUGCUGUGUCGUUUUAUGUUCAAGAAAGAUUCGCUUUGUAAUUGGUGAUUCAUCGCCGCAACAUGGGGAGGACGUCCUUCUCCUGUGUUUGCAUGAUUCUGGCCAUCAUGCGAGGGACUGUUUACUGUCGGCCGACUUGUUCGGUGCUAGAAUUUCCUGAGGUCAUUGAGAACAUUGUUCAAGCCAGAGUGAACGAAAGUGUCACCAUUCGCUUUAGUCUGAACACUGAAAGCUGUUCCUCGGUCCCUGACGAGUUCAACAUCAAAGUCACGCAAAAGGUCAACAAUCGGGUCACUCAGGUCUGCAGGAUUCGUCUGAAAGGAGGGAAAUGUACUCUCUCAGAUACGUCAUCGACGUGUUACUGCCCCUCGAGUACCGGCGAAAUGCUGUUUUUGAAACGUGUGACUAAAGCUGAUGACGGUUUAUACACAUGGACAUGGAGUGAGCAGCUUUCGGGUGACAAUGAAAAGAAGAUCACUCUUCGUGUCAUUGAGGAGAAUAAGCCACGAAGUAAUGACACACAAGUACCUCAGGUCUCAACCCCAGUUCCAGACGACAAGCCUUCGAAAGAAAAGGUGACUCCAGUGCCAGAUGCCGAGAGGUCCCUAGACCGGAUGUCUCCAGUGCCAGAUGGCGAACGUUUACCUGACAAGGUGACUCCAGUGCCAGAUGGCGGCGGGUCGCGAGACCGGAUGACUACAGCCCCGGAUGGCCAGGUGUCUCGAGUUACACCAGUUUCAGAAGAGGAGCGUAGGAGACAUCCUCUGAGUCCAGGUUCGCACAGAGACAAGAAGACUGAAGGUCCAGACCCCAAACACCAAGAAUCUGACAGCAUCCUUCCCGACAUGACCCGCGCUGUGCAUCAAAAGGAUGCUGACGGUGGUCUGGACAUCAAACUGAUCGUCAUCGGCGCCAUUUUUGUCGGCGUUGUGUUGGUAGUGGUCAUUGCAGGGGCUUUGAUCUACCUCAUAAGAGGUCAAAGAAGACUGAGGGAGGCUCACCGGGCAGGAGGAGUCAGCACCGCGUGUAGCAGCCCUCAAGCUCCUCCUCCUCCUGCAGACUCCAGAGAACAGGCAAGCGACAUUUAUGACGAAAUCCCAGACCAUCAAAAGCAGCAGAGCAAACUCUCUGGAGACAAUCCCGAAGGUUGCCACCAGCCACGAGCUAUGAGAUCCUAUGUGAAGAUCCUCCAUCCAGACACAAAGAUGGUGGACCAGAAGAUGAUGGGCAGGUUGUCCUCCUCACUGAGCUCUGUGGAGUACCUGCACCCUGUGAGCCUGUGUUUUGACAAGGAGAAGGAGCUGAUCGUCAGGUACACGGCCUUGGCGCUGGACAACUUGGAAAACCCUGAGAACCCCGAGAACCCUGACUGUCCUGCUAAACCUCACAACCCGAAAUUCUAAAAAAUCUAUGUAUGCUGUAUUUCUUAUCUUAACUGACAGAAAUAGAUGCACAUAUUAUUCCAGUUGUCAAUCUUGCAAAAGAUCCUAAAAGUGAUCGAAUGACUUUGGGGAGCAGGCUUAAUUUUUAGCUGAUGUCUUUGGAAAAGAAGUGAAGACAAAGACAAUGUACCUUCCCUUCCUCUGUCUUCUCUAUAUCGGUUUACUAUAAUACUAGCACUAGUGUUAGUUCCAGUGCUCAUGAGUCUUGGUCGGGAGAGAAAACAAGCGACAAGAUUUAAUUUUGAUGAAGUGUCUGCCCUACACUGACUCUAUAUAUAGAGAGAAAUUUAAUCAUGUGUACACUGACAUGGACAUUGAAUAGACCCUGGACUUUUUAUAUCCUUCAUUUAGUUGUUGCUGUUUCCGGUACCCACCAAACUAAGGCCAACAUACCAGCACGAUUGUAACAUAGUUUCUAUUGUUGUCUAGUUUGUCCAAUGAAUAAAGCUCCUCAUUUGGUGGCCAAACUAUAGAAAAGAUAAAAAUUACACUAAUUAUCAAUAGGAAGAGAAGUGAGAAAGAAUGAAAAAAGGAAGAAAAAAGAACGUAGAAAUAAGUCUACAACAGAGAAGAAUUUGUAGAAGAGGAGAUAAAAGAAGAGGGGAUAGACAAAAUAAAGACCAAAUGAAAAUAAGAUAAGGACAAAAUCACAUUUGAAGAGAGAGAAAGAGGAGAGGGAUGUCUCGGAAAGGAAGAGGUGGAGCUGGGGAUGAGGAGAGGAAAGGAGAUUAAAACGCGAUUGAAUGUAACUCUGCAUUGAUGUACAGUCUUUACUCUUAAGUAUCAUUCUUUUUCGUUUAUCUGCUUGCUUUGUUUAUUAGUGCAUCAGACAGUCAGUCUUUUUAUUUGAAUGUAACCCUCUUCCCUCUUUCUGCUUAAGUUUCGUGAGAUGAGUGUCCAUACAUUGCCUCUUCACGAGAAUUAAAUCGCUUGUGUUUUUCUUGCAAAAA